CCAGCUGAGAGCUCAGUCACUCACAACAGGGAGGACAGGAAGACACGCACUUGACAAACACUUGUGAAAACCUUUGGAACUAAUCCACCAGAAGCGUCUCAUCAUGUGCAGAGGACUCGACUCGCUGCCCAUCACCUGCCUGGAGAGGGCGAAGGAGCUGAAAGCGUUGUUUGGAAGUUUGCUACAGAAGUCGGACCACACCAUCGCCAAGAAAAGUGAAAAACUGAAGUUGAAUAUCAAUGAGCCCCUGAAGUGGAAGGAGUCAUUCGAGAAACUGUUGUCCAGCCAAAAUGGACUGUGUUUGUUCAGAACCUUCCUGGUGUCUGAGUUCAGCGAGGAAAACAUUGCCUUCUACCUGGCGUGUGAGGACUACAGGGCGACCAAACCGUCCAAGCUCGACGCCAAAGCCAAGAAAAUCUACGACGAGUUCAUCGGCUCCGAUGCGCCACGAGAGGUAAAUCUUGACCACGUGACCAAAGCGAUCACCAAGGAGAACGUGGAGCAGCCCACCCUGUCCAGCUUCGACCUGGCCCAAGCCAGAAUCUACACCCUGAUGGAGAAGGACUGCUACCCUCGCUUCCUCAAGUCCUCAGUGUACCUGGAGCUGACGAGGAAGACCAAGAGAGGCUAACUGACUUUUUUUUUUUUGUUCCUGCGAGCGGCAGACAUAAUGUGAUUACUCCUCAAAAAGGGA